GGAUAUAUUGAAGGUUUAUGACCAUAAAGGUCAUAGGUGGGAAUUUUGUUUGAUUACCAAGCUUGUUUUAUGAUUGUCAGUCCGUGUUGUCGGAUUAUUAGAAGUUGCUGUGUAAGCAACCGAGGAACGUUUCACUCUCAUUUGGCUGCUUUGUGUCCUUCAUAUAUCAAAAUACCUAACUGCCCCGCUCGGAUAUUUGCUACAAAGUCUAGAAAAACUAACCGUCCUAGUUCAUUUAUUAUUGACACAAAAGAAGCUAGGCAGCGUAAUUCAGAUUCAUCAACAGUUAGUUCAGAUCUGGAUGAAAUUUUAAAGGAUCAAACACCAUCAGCACAGCUUCGACUAGUAGAUGCUUAUCGUAGAGGUUUUCAAUCGUCAACUGACAGUGAAAAGUCAUCAAGUGGAGCGCAGAUAUGGAAGACACUUAUUCUCAAGACUCUUCUUUUUGGAGUGGUUUCUUGCUGCACCAUAGUGCUUUUUAAAAAAACGCUUGGUGGUACGUUCCCGAAAUUCUUGGACCAGAAUGUAGGGUCGUUUGCUGAAAACACUGAUGUUAACUUUAGUGACGUUCAAGGAUGUGAUGAGGUCAAAAAGGAACUCGUGGAUGUUGUUGAGUUUCUUCGAAACCCUGAAAAGUUCAAUCACAUUGGAGCUAAACUCCCUAAAGGUGUUCUCCUUGUGGGUCCUCCUGGAGUUGGAAAAACCUUACUCGCUAAAGCGGUGUCUGGAGAAGCCCAAGUUCCUUUCUUAUAUGCUUCUGGGAGUAGUUUCGACGAAGUCCUCGUUGGACUAGGAGCUUCUCGUAUUCGACAACUUUUCACCACUGCCAAACAGAAUGCACCAUGUUUGGUAUUUAUUGAUGAAAUAGAUUCUGUCGGGGGAAAUCGCACAUAUUCUUCUCAUCAUCCUUUUGCAAACCAGACAAUUAACCAGCUUCUCGCAGAAAUGGAUGGGUUCCAGUCAAGAGAAGGAAUUAUUGUUUUAGGUGCAACAAAUCAAGCAGAAGUCUUAGACAAGGCUUUAUUGAGACCUGGUCGUUUUGACGUCCAAAUUCAUGUAUCACCACCAACUUAUGAAGGCAGAAUAGCUCUUCUAAAUCUUUACUUAAAAAAAGUAAAAGCAGGCUCAAAUAUUGAUAUAGAAAAGUUGGCCCAUGGAACAGUUGGAUACACUGGUGCGGAUAUACAAAAUUUGGUUAAUCAAGCUGCUAUCUCCGCUGCACUGCGUAAUGAUCCUUUUGUUGAAAUGCAUCAUUUAUGGGAAGCUCGUGAUCGAUUAAUAAUGGGACCGGCUAAACGUCGUCCGUUGGACGAUCAAACUAAUCGAGUGUCCGCAUUUCAUGAAGCUGGUCAUGCUUUAGUAGCAUUGUUGACUGCGGAAAGUAUACCACUACACAAAGUUACAAUUAUUCCUCGAGGUGAGGCAGGCGGCCUUACUAGUUUUCUACAAGAAAAAGAUAUAAGUUUCAUGACUCGUGCACAAUUAUUAGCUCAAUUAGAUGUAUUGAUGGGUGGUCGAGUUGGCGAAGAAUUAGUUUUUGGUGCAGACAAAGUUACCACUGGUGCAGCAGAUGAUUUUCGAAAAGCAACAGUUUUAGCUCAAAAUAUGGUUAAACGUUUCGGUUUUUCAAGUAAAAUUGGACCAAGAGUUAUACCAGAUAAUCAGGAUGACCAACUUGGUCAAGCUACACGUGACCUGAUCGAUAAAGAAGUUGACCAGUUACUCAAUGAUUCUUUAACUCGUGUACGUACUUUACUAUCUAAUCAAAGUAAACAACAUAGACUUCUAGCUGAAGCAUUACUUCAUUUUGAAACAUUAACCAAAGAUGAAGUGAUAGCAGUAAUAGCUGGUAAAAUGAAACCUCCUAAAACCCCAUCAGUAACAUCAAAAUCAACAACUCUUCUACCACAGUUAGGUUCUUCACCAUCACCUGAAAUUCAUGUAUAAUUGUUUCAUUAACCAUUGUACAUCUUGUUGAUUUUGUUUCGUUUUUGUCCAUUAAACAAUACUCUACACACACACACACACACAAACCAUUAUUUUCUUCAAACUUAUCAGCUUAUUUACAAAAACUUCCAAUCCUUCAUUCAGUUUUCUUUUUUUUUUUGCUUCUUGUGACAAGUUGGUGUAUUAUUUUAGUUAUUCUUCUAUCAUUUCCUAAAUUUAAUUCAUUUACUCGUUAUACUUUCACCCUUUACCCCUUUCACUUUCCAGAGAGAGAGAGAGAGAGAGAGAGAGAGAGAGAAACACUGUAACUAUUCCCAAUGAUAGUUAUAUAUGCAUAUAUGUAUUUAUAUUACAUUUUAUGCUUUAUAAAUGAAUAAAAAAUGAUAUUUAACUGAAAUGUAGAUGUAAUAAAUGAUGAAGCCGUAAUUUACCUGUUCAAUUGAUCGACUUUUAACUUUAUAGCCAUACAAUCAGGUAUUGUGAUUGCUCAAAUUUGUCAAAUAAUUGAUUAUUUAAAAAAAGAAAACCUAAGUACUUU